AUGGAUGGUCACCGUCCUUCCGGAGAUCACUUGCUUUGGUUCUGUCUAAUUGAGCGGCGUCGCCUUAGCAGCACCACAUCUUGUGCCAUGAACUCUGGUCUCGGAAACUGGUCUGCAUCUGGCGCUGACAGGCUCCAAUCGCAGCUCUGUCAAGUUAUAGCACCUCUUUGUCCAGCCACUCGGGUCCGAUGGUUAGCCGGUCUGACUACCGGCAUCAGAUCCGUAUGUGGACAUUCUGGCCUUGUGCAACCCGCCUCGGUAUUGACCUUUACUUCAACUACGUCAGCCAGUGCCGUUUCUAUGUCAAAUGCAUGCCUCACGGUUACUGGUUCUAUGCACCAAUACACGCACCACCAACUGGGCGGAGCUGCUGGAUUCGAAUCCAUCUCUGAAACGAAUCCUCUCAAUGCUGGUGAAAUCGAUUUUGUUGGUACGACGGUUUCAAUGAAGGGGUCGGCUGGAGAUUUUGGACCCCCGGGCCUAUAUCACUCCAACAUUUUUGACUCAGGUAUCUUUUCAGUCCAUAUGCCUGCUUCACAAGUUUAA